AGCCGUAAGCAGCGCCAUCCCAAAAAUCCUACCUUUAUUCCAAUCGGAAUCACGAAUUUCUUCACCAGAUUUUCCAGUAAUUUGAUGAUUUAGAAGCUCGAUCUAGGGUUAAUUUAUUCAUCUUGAUUCUCCUCUAAAUUCAAUCACAUAGGUUACGAUGAGCGGAGUAUUUGAAGGUUACGAGAAGCAAUACUGCGAGCUCUCUGCGAAUUUAGCGAAGAAGUCCUCGUCGGCGAAUCUACUUGAUGGGGAGCAAAAGAAACAGAAGCUUUCGGAUAUCAAAAAUGGGUUGGAUCAGGCGGAAGCUUUGAUACGGAAGAUGGAUAUUGAAGCCCGUGGUUUGCAGCCAAAUGUUAGGGCAGUUCUUCUUGCCAAGCUGAGAGAAUACAAAUCUGACCUCAACAAUUUGAAGAGUGAAAUAAAGCGAGUUGAAACGACCAAUUUGAACCAGGCUGCCCGAGAUGAUUUGCUUGAGUCUGGAAUGGCUGAUUCACUCGCUGUAUCAGCUAAUCAAAAGGACAGACUUAAAAUGUCAACCGAAAGAUUGAACACCUCGAGUAACAGAAUCAGGGAUAGCAGAAAGGUCAUGCUUGAGACAGAAGAGCUUGGCGUCUCACUUCUCCAAGAUUUACACCAACAACGACAGUCUCUCUUACACUCUAAUAACACGAUGCAUGGAGUGGACGAGAACAUAGGCAAGAGCAGGAAGAUUAUAACUAACAUAUCGAGAAGGAUGGAUCGAAACAAGUGGGUAAUCGGUGCUAUAAUCACAGUGCUGAUUAUUGCUAUUUUCGUGGUCUUGUAUUUUAAAUUCAUCAAGUGAGUUAAGACCAAGUGUGUGUGUUUGUGUGAGAUUCUUGGUUUUUUUUUUUUUUUUCUGAUCUUGUUUAUUCAAAGUGUUGUGAGAGUCGAAACUUGCUCGUUUCGUUUGUUAUUCUUUUCGAAUAUUUGUAAAUUUGAACAUCUUGUGAUUCUAUUUUUAAAUGAGAGCUCCAUUAAAAGAAA